AUGUAAUAAGAUACAAAUACUACUUUUGAAAUUUAAGAUGGCCAAUAGUAGUAUUAGGUUCCUCUUUAAACUGAUAACUAAUAAGGUAAACAUAAUAUAGUUUACAUCAGUAGUUUAUACACAACCCAUGAACAAUUAUGCUUCUCAACCAUAAUAUACUCCUAAUCCAUAAUAAGUUGUUAGAGUUUAGGGAUCUCCUUGUAAAUUUGAUAAUAAUUAUUAUAGAUCCAGCUUAAUAAGAGUUAGUGGUAGUGAAUAAUUAAUUAGCUAAUGCUACAUAAUCAUAGAUAUUAUGUAAUUCAUCAAGAUUCGCUAUUUUAAUGACAUGUCCUUAUUGUUAAAAAUAAGGACUUACUAAAAUUGAUUUUAAAGCAGGAUCAGGAACAUGGUGUUGUUGUUUCAUAUUAUUUUUAUUUAUAUGCUGUAUUUGUUGGGUACCAUUUGUGGCCGAAAAAUGUCAAGAUGUAAAUCAUUUAUGUUCAAGUUGUGGGUAACUUGUUGGUUCAUGUCCUUAUAAAGUGUGUGGAUGA